AUGGGAAAGAAGAUAAUAAUCGACACAGAUCCGGGCAUUGACGACAUCCUCGCCCUUUUGCUGGCCUUGUCCGCCAGCCCGGAGGAGGUCGAGGUUCUGCUCAUCUCAUUGACAUUCGGUAACAUUGAAGUGAAGAACUGUCUCCGCAAUGCCGUGUCAAUGUUCCACAUCAUCGAGCGGGAGAUGCAGUGGCGCCGCGAGAACGGCCGGCCCGAGGGCUUCGGCGCCCUGCGCGCUCAUCGCCCCAUCUUGGCUGUCGGUGCCGAAGACCCUCUGGAAGACCAGAAGCUCCUCGCCGAUUACUUCCAUGGAACGGACGGACUUGGUGGUAUCCAUGAAUCGCACCCGCACCUCACCGCUACAAAGGCCUGGGAUCACCUUUUCACCCCAACUGCAGAUUCCGAGGGAAUUGAGCCUGUUGCGGACUGCACAAGUCUCGACGACCACGAAUUCAUACCGUCAAAGCUUCCCGCCUACCAGGAGAUCCUCCGUGCUCUCCGUGACAAUGAGCCAGACUCCGUGACUUUGGUUGCAGUGGGCCCGCUCACUAAUUUGGCCUUAGCUGCGGCAGAAGAUCCCGAGACAUUCCUCCGCGUGAAAGAGGUGGUCGUCAUGGGCGGUGCUAUCAACACGCCAGGAAAUGUAACACCGAUGGGCGAAUUCAACGCCUAUGCCGACGCAGUGGCAGCCGCACGCGUCUUUGCACUCACCUCGCCGAACCCGCACACUACAGUCCCGCCUACAAAGGGCGACCGCCUCCCACCGUACCCCAAAAACCUGAGCCGGCAACUGACUUUGCGCCUUUUCCCACUGGACAUCACUCUCCGCCAUAAUAUCUCGCGCGGCCAGUUCCGGAAGGCAAUCACACCUCUUCUAGAGGGCGGUUCUCCGCUCGCCGAGUGGGUCGAUGCCUUCAUGGGGCACACAUUCAGGACCCUGGAGCGUCUGCACCCUGGUCAUGUUGGAGACGACGCAGAGCUUAGUUUGCACGAUCCCGUCUGUGUUUGGUACGCCAUCACCUCCGAUGACCCAAAGUGGGUUUACUCGGCGAAAUCACCCGAGGAUAUUCGCAUCGACACCCUGGGCCAGUGGACUCGCGGUAUGUGUGUCGUUGACCGUCGGAACCGUCACCGCAUCGAAGGAGAUGAUGAGAGCGCCAGUGACCAUGGUCUAUGGCUGAGUGGCCGUGCCGGUAAUCGCAUCUGGCGGAUGGAUGGAUCCCCGGCAGAGGAGACCUUCGGUGCAGUCAUUAUCGAUAGGCUCUUCAAGUAG